AUGCAAGAGGACGAUGCUUUUGUUUUAAGGCUACUUUUUCUCCGAAUGGUAGCCUUCUGUGGUAAGUCACUGUCAGCGGAUUCCAAGAGUGAAGUGAAGACAUCAACAGAAAGAAUAGCUGAUGAACCAUAUUCUUGUGCAAUUACUUAUAUUUGUUCGGGCGAUAAUUCUGCUACCAAGACUUUAAUUCAUUACGACGUUAACGAUACUUUGGUAAUCGAGGACGAAUUUAUUGAAGAUCAGGAGAAUCGCAAAGAUGAAUCGAAGACAUCAACAGGAAGGCUAGUUAAUGCGCCACAGUCUUGUACAUCUACUCAUAUUUCUUCUGACAAUAAGUCUGCUAUCAAGACAUUGAUUGAAUAUGACGUUGACGAGACUUUGGAAAUCAAGGAAGAGAUCAUUCAAGGCAAAGAGACAACUACAGGCCAGAAACUAAAUAAGACAAACGAGUCCAAAUUUUGUACCGUAUAUAUAAGAGAAGAUGAUAUUUCGCAGGCUCUGCCAAAACGGCACACAUGCGAAAAGUGUGGUCGAACCUAUAAAACGAAAUAUCAUAUGAAUUAUCAUCAAAAAUUUGAAUGCGGUGUUAUGCCACAGUUCAGUUGUGAUUUCUGCAACCAGCUAUUUAAGCGGAAAUCUGUCAUGAAUGCGCAUGUACGUCGCAUACAUCACAAAACAAAGUCAAAGACAUUGAAUUAUAAAUGCGAAAAAUGUUCUCGAAGUUACAAUUGGCUAGGAAGUUUAACUCGGCAUAAAACUUUAGUACAUGCAGUAGAAAAACCACAAUUCAUUUGCGAUUUUUGUGGACAUAAGUCGAAUAGGAAAUGUAACUUGGUAAAACACAUUACUUCACGACACUCGCAAACAUUUAAAUCAAGGAAUAAAUGUGACAUAUGCUCUCGAAAUUAUCUUUCGCUAAGUGGUUUAUAUCAACAUAAACGCAUAGAACACGCAGCACUCAAACCACAGUUUAAUUGCGCUAUUUGCGAUUUUAAAACUAAACGGAAAGAUUACUUGUCAAAUCAUAUCACUGCAAAGCAUUCUGAUAUGUCAUAAUUAUUAGGCAUGGGAAACUUUUUUGUUUGGGUUAUUUCUACAUACUACUCAGUGGUAUUCUUUAAGUUCCGAAAAGUUGUAUUUUUUCUCUGCAUCGAUAUAAACAUAAAUUACUUUUCUUAAUUUUCAGAUUUUUUAUUGUAUGUUUUUUGUUCUUGAAAAAAAUAUAAUUAUGGGAAUCUAUUGAUAAUCGAGUUCAUUUUGAAUUACUAGCUAAUGUUUACAAUUAAGAACUUAAAGUUGUGACUAUUACAUUUUUGUGGUUUAAGUUUUGUUUCUGUGAGUCACAAAUCAGUAAAGUUAUUAUCUAUACAAAAUACUGUAUUUUUAUACAAACAGAAGGGGGAUGCUAUGUUAUUUUAUCUGUAUGCUUUACCGUCUAAUAUCAAAUACUAUUGCAUUUUAUGCAAUAGUGUUAUUUCACA